AUGCGACCAGAAAGAAAACUUAUGAGUGGUUUGGUUUCACUCUUUCAUCAUUAACCAAAUCUUUCAUAUGCAAUCAAUAUAGCUAAAGAUCCAAGUGAUCUACGACUUCAAUUGAGUCAUUUCCCACCUGAAUUCGACCUAGGAGGUCUUUUUUGGAGUCAUCUGCCGUCUCGCGUCGGUGGUUUAUUGAUCCAAAGGAAAUUUUAGAUUAUGGAGUGCUCUAGGAUUUCAAGCCAGAUGCGGAAUUGAAUUAAGUGUUGUUUCCUGUUAGUGCUUCAUCAAACUUGUGUAUAAAGACUGCCUGAUAGAUGGUUUGAACGGGUCGAGCAUCAACAAUUUCGUUGAAUCUAAUAAUGAAGUGAUGCUUGCUCGUAACUGCUGCGCUCUUUUGAUCGAUUUUUUCUUUUAUAUUCUAGGUGUUUAGGUGGCGGGUUCCUCCAACUUGUGACUAUCUUCAAGUCUUGCUAUAUUAUCUGCAGUUUGGUUCUAGCCAUAUUGGUUGAUAAUGGAACUUGUGCUUUAUAAUGUUCUUUGCUGAAUAUUUCUUACACUUUGGGCUGAACAAAGGUCUGUUGCUACAAUGGAAAUAUCUUAAUUCAGUUUUGUGGUGGUAUUUGUGUGGCAAUUGACUUUCUCCUAAUCCUAUUGAACCAACAAAUAAUGAAUCCAACUAUUCCAUUGCACGAGCAAAUUUAAGUGCUGAAGAUCUGUUCUAAUAAGGUUAUUGAUGGGUGAAAGGAGAAAACGUAAAUCACUUUGGGAUCAGGAAGAUGCAACCAAACAAUUUUCUGGCGUGAGUGAACGUAAUUCUUGGACAGGAAAGGACCAUCAUUCUUGUCAUGAGAGUGGCUCGUAUCACGAAUAUUCUUCAUCUGGAACCAUUGCAUCUGUGGAAUCUAGAGAUCAGCUUGGACAGCUUUCUGGUAAAGCAACUGAAGAAAUCCCAGUUGCUCCAACACAUGGAAACUUUGCCAACAGUAGACAAGAUACUCACGGAGGAGAGGAAUUUGGAGGGCAAAACACGAAUGACCAGGACAUGUCUCCUGGAUUUGAUGUUAUUGAGCAGCAUAUAUCCAAUCAGGAUCUUGGAAAUGGUCGAAGCCAUUCUCAAAGAUACAUGGGAGGAGGUGGGAGCAGGAGUCCGAGCAGAAGCAGAAGCAGGACUAGAGGCAGAAGUCGGAGUAGGAGCUUGAGCAAGGACAGGGGAAGGGAUGAUAGGAGCAGGAGUGUUGGCAGAAGUGAUGGCAAUACAAGGGUUAAAUAUAGAAGUCGUAGUCCGAUAGGAGAUUAUAGGCGUCAAUCUCAUGGAUGGAGUGACAAUAGGAGUGUGACUGAUAAGUCAUCUCAGAUUUGUAGAGAUUUUGCUGCUGGAAAGUGCAGGAGGGGCAGUGACUGCAGAUUUGGCCAUUCUGAAAUUGUUAGUUGUGGUGAUGAUGGCCUUUUAGGAGACGCCACAGGAGAAGCUUGGCGGCAGACAGCAAACAAUAAUCAAAGUUUUAAAGACCCUUUAAACGAAGUUUUUCAGUCCGCUUUGCGGGAUGAUUCCUCUGAUCCUUAUCAUGGGCAGAAUGAGCAGUCCCAGAUCAAAACUAGAACUGGUGUUCCUUGCAAGGACUUCAUUAAGGGUAAGUGUAGGUGGGGAGACACUUGCAGGUUUUCUCAUCAUUCAGUUUAUGCUGGAGAGUUCAAAAAAAGUACAAGAUUUAACAAGGACAUUGAAUUUAAACCUGGAAAAAAUGGUAUAGCAAUUUGUCAGUAUUUUGCUGCAGGAAAGUGUGAUCGGCAUAAUUGCAAGUUCUCUCAUGAGCAUCCCGAAUAUAGCAGCCUAGAAGACGGCGUGCUGGGUAAAGUGGUUAGAGCCUUUGGUUCACAUGAGAAGAUCAAUACAAAUAAUGCAACCAAAAUCUCUGACGGUGUCCAUGGUUCUGGAAACAAGAACAGAAGUCAGGGAAUACCGGAGUGGACUGAUCAUGGUCGAAACAUAGGGACUGCUGAAUCUAUUGAUAAGGAACAUGUGGAUGACAAGCAGGGAUGUCUCAUAUUGCAUGCUUCACAUUUGCAAAAUCAGGAAGCAAAUGCAAAGGUUCAAGGACAAAGUAUAGUGCAGGAUGACUUUUCUAUGAUUGCUCAGCAACAGCAACAGAAUAUUUAUUCAGCUGUCUCAAUUCAGCAGCAACUUGAAAGUGUGGUAGGAAAUGAUUUGUUGACUUCGCUUGCAUCGAAUGUUCUUGGGGAGGUGGGGAACUUGAUGAAUACUAGUGCUCAGGCAAGUCUACUCUCAGCACAGAGUAGUAUCGAUAUGAAGAGUGGAAAUGUGUUUCCGGGGGAGUUUUCAAUUUUGAAUAAAACCGAGAGUGGGGAGGACCAUCUAAAAGCUGUUGAUAAAAUUCCACCACAUGUCCUCAAUCCAGUAACAAAUGAAUCCUCUUCUCUGUUGGCAAACUCCGCUAUUGCUGCAACUCUGAAUGAACAACAGCCCUGGAAGAAUGCAUUUGCAGAAGGCUCCAAUUCUUGGGGCAUCACUCCAACUCCCGAUCCCUUGGGUAAUGCUCCCCUUGCUAGUCUGCAGCAGUUCAAUCAAACUGGAGUUUCUCAUGAUCCAAUUGGUCUUAGAGAGAUCGGCAGAGGCAUUAAUGAGAUGAAGAAGAUGGGGCAAUCGUCUAAGGAACUCGGUGAGAGCAAUGAUAAUGAAAGCAAGGGAAUCGAAAAGGACAUGGAGUCGGAUAGACAUGGGAGGGUUGGAGAGAAGAGUGCAGCAGCAGGCAAGGAUGACAAAAUCAUGCGCCCAUUUAAAAAUUCUCUUAUAGAAUUUGUGAAGGAGUUACUGAAGCCGACGUGGAAGGAAGGCAAAAUGAGUAGAGAAGUUCACAAAACUAUUGUGAAGAAAGUGGUUGAAAAAAUAACAAGCACGAUUCAAGCUGAUCACAUCCCCAGGACACAGGAUAAAGUCGACCACUAUCUAUCCUAUUCCAAACCCAAAAUCGACAAACUUGUACAGGCAUAUGUAGCGCGAUGUGUAAAGGCCGAUCCCAAGUCAUGAUAGAUUCAUUCCUCGUGCACCUUCUUGCUUGCAUUUGUAAAUGCGACUCGACUCCAACUCUUAUCUAUUCAUGUAAGUCGUCAUCAUAAGGGAAAGGAAACUAACUAUACACUACUUAUGGGAAUUGUUACUGUGAAGGAAAGUUGGUAAUAAUAUGAUGGUUUGAAUA